AGAUCAACGAGCGCGGCCUUCAAGUUAUGGGUGAUCGGCCUGCAGGUCAACAGUUGCCAGUGCCCGUCCGGAUACCUCUGUCCAGUAUUCGUGCACAGACAAGGCCUCUCGGAAAUAUUGUCCCUGCCAACGUCCCUCGACCACCCAUGGUUAACCAGGUGUACUUGCUUCCUAAAUCUGGGAUAACUAAUAAUGUCCUUCCAAGUGCUCCGAGUGUGAUGCAAGUUAGGAGUUUGGCGGUUGGACAAACUGUACUCCAACCAAACGGUGUACUUGCUACCACUCCUGUCAUGCCAAGAGUUGUCACAUCUCAGUCGGGUUCCUCAACUAAAUUGGUGGGAUUUUUUAACCAGUUGUUAGAACUAUCAAAGAAUGUCUCAGCUAGCACUCAUAGCUCAGUAGCAACGCUAAUUCAAGCAUUAGUGAAUGGAGAACUUGAUGCCAGUUCGUUCAGUGCACAACUACGUAGCAAUCUUAAAAGUGCCAAUCCUGGUAUGGACCUCGCCCCAUUCAUAAAGGACAACAUAGAUUUACUUAGGAGAGAUCUAGCUAAUGGUGUCUGUCGUCUCCCAAACAUACAACCUCCCCCAAAAGAUAUCUUCACAGGUGUACCCACUGCAGUCCCUGUUUCGAUCGUAACAACAUUACCUACCGUAGGUCUUCAGCCCCGUCCUAAUGCUGCGGUCUCUACAACACUAGUUUCUUCAACAGUUCCCGUUGGCCCUCGCAUUACUCUACCGACGAAUACAACUCCUCGCAUAGUAGGCACACUCAUGUCAUCAGUUUCGUCACCAGUUAUUCCAACUAGUCCUGUUACUGUUCCAACACCCCGAACACAACCCCCACUAUUGGCUCCUGCUCCUCCCCGGACAUGUAUUACGUCUGUCGUAAACUUUGAUGCAGCUUCAAGUUCUAACACCGGUACGAAAUAUCGUUUGGCUCAAUCUUUUAGUGGUGUUUCAUCUUCAACGUCUGUCGUAUCUAAUGCAACCGCCGCAACAGUGGUUUCGACACGUUUCACAUCGACUAUUAACGGUACGCGUCCGAACUAUCAAAAUUUGCGACCAAUUAUUGCUUCGUCCACUUCCACAGCAUUGGGUAUCAACUUAGCGUCGAUAAAAUCAGUUGCUGGUGUUUCUGCAUCCGUACCCCCUGUAAUUCGUGCUAAAUCUGGAUAUGCUAACACUUAUUCUCCUGGAAUUCUACCCGCUGUUCACAACAAAGUAGGCUCCAAUGUCCUAUCCUUGAAUGGAUCUACGGUAUUAAUAGAAGGUGUGGACCGAAAACAGAAUGACCUCUCGUUUUUGAGCGACGAUAUUCGUCACCCCGCUAUGUCACCUACACGUGACAACCCAUUUUUCCCAUCAGAAAAAGUUAAGGAAAUAUUAGAAACUCAUGGCAUAAAAACACUAACAGAAGAAUCUAUCGCGUGUCUCGCACACGGUUUGCAGAUAUUCAUCAAAAAUAUUUUAUCAAAGUUGAGGAUUGUAGUAUCACAUCGACUCGAUCGUUUAGGAGAGGAUUCUCGUUUGGUUCAAACAGAUCACACGCGUGAACAGUUGAGGUUUCUUCAGAAGUUGGAUGAGCAUGACCGAAUGAGGCAAUCGGAGUUAGAAAAGGAUCUAAUUUUGAAGGCUGCAAAAGUAAGUUUCGAAGUACAUAUCUUGUAAGGUAAUCUUAUUUAACUUCAUUUACUUGCCGAAUACUGACUUGUUUUUGCAAAUUAUAGGUGUCUUGUAGACAAGCCCCUUGUAGCGUAACGUCAGCUAAUAUUGGUAAAAUGAAUUGUGCGGGAGUCUCUAUUUUACGCUUUUCGUCCUCAUUGGUUAAUUUAAUGUUUUCACCUUUCAAAACAUAAAAUAAAUCACUAUUUUUUUGCACUUUUCUAUUUUUAGUCGCGUUCUCGAAAUGAAGAUCCUCAUCAAAUGCAGAUGAGGGAAAUGGCUCGACGGAUAGCGUCUGAAGACUAUGAACGUGAAAAGCAACAUCAAGCCAAUCUUACAGCUCUUCACGCUAUCGGCCCACAACGCAAGCGUCGUCUAGAUACUUUAGAUGAAAUGGGCAACUCCAUUUCAACAGAUAUUUUGGGAGCCUCUCUUCCAACAAGAGAUGGUGUGACAAAUUUGGUGAGUGCCCUACCUGCUGCUACUGCUAAUCGCCUUUCUAUUGUCAGUGCCAGUCGACUAGGUUUGGUAACAUCAGGACCAAAUCUAACGCAACUCAAUUUAGAAGCUUUGCCGGCAAAUUCAAACUCAUCGGUCUCCGGUGUCGGUGGGACUGGUGAUAACAUGCCAAAUACAUCUGGAUUUUCAUUAGCACUCAGUCUCAGGGCACAUCGAGCAACUCUCAGAGAUAUGCAGGUCAUACUUUCUCGUACACCGAGGCUUCGUCGUACACGUACUUACUAUAGGACGUAUUGGCGCUCUCAGCCUUAAGAGUCUUUUCUUUGUUUCUUAUUUUUAUUUUUGCAUAGACUUGAUUUCUGAUUGUAAUAUGAUUUAAUUAUUAGUUGGCUAAUUUUCCUAAAACGUUCCCAACCUAACUUGUAUCAUAAAAUCUUUGUACAUUAUGACUUUUCGCAGUAGCCUACUUCGCUAGGCAUCUGGGGUUCUAUGUAUAUAUAUUUACACACACACACCGUAAUAUUGUAUGAAAUGUGAUGUUAGUUCCAGAUUCUUUUUCUCUACUAAAUGUGAGAUUUCUUGUAUUUUUUCAUAACGCAUGUACAUUUACCAAUUCCACGUAUACUUCGUUCGCUGUACAUAAUUUUCGACUAUCCUAUUCAGAAAAUAAUAAACCUGUUAUUUCUUUAGU